CCCACCGCCCCGCCCCGCCCACCGCCGCUCGGCCCCGCCCCCGCGUGGCGCCGCGCGCUCGCCGUCCCUUCCGGUGGCGCCAAGAUGGCGGCGCAGGGCCUGUCCAAGGCCGAGUACCUGCGGCGGUACCUCAGCGGCCCGGCCGCCGCCGAGCCCGCCCGGCCCCGCCGCCGCCGCAGGAAGAAGCCGCCGGCCGGCGCCGCCAGAGGCGGGAUGCGGAUCGUGGACGACGACGUGGGCUGGAGCAGCAUCGCUGCGGUGCAGGAGAAGGAGGAAGAGGAGGAGGACGAAGGGGACCUGCCCGUGGUGGCGGAAUUUAUUGAUGAGCGUCCGGAUGAAGUGAAGCUCAUGGAAGAGUUCCGAACAAAUGCCAAAUGGAAGCUUUUAGGAGACCAGAAUGAAGACUCACAAGGUUCGGAUAUUUCAGUACCUGCCAGAUCUACCACGAGGCGACAGCGCCACGACUCCCCAGACAACUCUCCACCGAGGAGGCUGCGGCACGACUCCCCCGACAAAUCGCCUCUGGGGCGGCAGCGCCUUGACUCCCCAGACCUGGCCCCGCCAAGAAGGAAGCGCCACGACUCCCCAGACCUGUCACCUCCCCGGCGAGAGAGAAACCCUUCCCCCGACCUCCUGCCACCCAGGCGACAGCGCCACGACUCCCCGGACCUCUCGCCACCCAGAUGGAAGCAAAAUGGCUCCCCAGAUCUCUCUCCCCUGAGGCGGCAGCGUCACGACUCCCCUGAUCUCUCUCCCCCAAGAAGGAAGCGUCACGACUCCCCUGACCCGUCGCCUCCCCGGCGGCAGCGUCACGACUCCCCCGACGUCUCCCCAAAGAGGGUCGGUUCAGUGACGGGGAAAAGGGGCUGCAAAACCACAGACAAGUUGCUGUCAGGGGGAGGCCGAGAAGAGCACUCCCAGCUCAGGCACGGCGUCUCCGACAAGUCCUCGUCACGCCAGAAGCGUCAGGCUACUCCGGAUCUCUCCCCUCCACGGAAGAAGAGGUACGAUUCUGACGCUGAUUUGUCGCCGCCUCGGAGACAGAGGACGGGGUCACCUUCUCUGAAAAAGCAGAGCAGAACAAGAGGUGCUUCUCCAGCCCCGAAAAAGCUUAGGCCGGUGCCCUCGCCUCAGCGGUGCCCUCGGCACGGCUCCGAGUCCCCGUCUCCCCAGAGGGGCACCCGGGACACCCCCGACGCAGAGCGCAGGUGCAGCCGCGUACGCAGCGAUUCCUCGCAGCGUGGGCCUCUCCACCGGAGUCACGGCAGAUCCUCCGACUCGGAUUUAUCCCCUCCGCGGCGCGCUCUGCCAGCCGGAAGGGACCGGCACGCUUCCAGGAGCCCCCCCGACCUCUCGCCACGUCGCCACCGUGACGCCAAGGGAUCUCCCAAGAAGGCCAGUGUGAUGUCGUCGGGGGUCAAAGCUGGCUUGGUGUCGGCUGACGUGCUGCGCCGGGAGCAGCAGGAGCUCAGGAGGCAUGAGAGAAGUAACCAGCACUUGGAAGAGGAGUCCCGACGCUCCGAGACCGUCUUCCGAGACAAGUCAGGCCGGAAGCGAGACCUGGCGCAGGAGCGGCUGGAGCAGAGGCAGAAAGCUGAGGCGCAGUCUGAGAGAGACGAGCAGUACGCCAAGUGGGGGAAGGGGCUAGCGCAGGGGAGGCAACAGCAGCAAAACGUGGAAGAUGCGAUAAAGGAGAUGCAGAAGCCCUUGGCCCGUUACAUCGAUGACCAGGAUCUGGAUCGAAUGCUGCGGGAACAGGAGAGAGAAGGAGACCCCAUGGCUGACUUCAUCAAGAAAAGGAAGGCCAAAGAGAACAAAGAAAAGAAAGAAAAACCGAGGUACAAGGGACCAGCACCUCCCCUCAACAGGUUUAAUAUAUGGCCCGGGCAUCGCUGGGAUGGCGUGGACAGGUCCAACGGCUUCGAGCAGCAGCGCUUUGCCAGGAUAGCCAACAAGAAGGCGGUUCAGGAGCUCGCCUACAAGUGGAGCGUUGAGGACAUGUAGGCGAGCUGAGGAACCCCGCAGCAGCGAUGCCUCGCGCCGUCCCCGCGGACCAUCUUCCCAGAGGCUCAGCUUGGAGGAGAGCUGCCAAAAGGGGGAUUUGCCGUCGGCCAGAGAGGACGAGGGCAGAGAACUGCAGCAGCGUGGCGGAGAGGCUGCUGCCCGCGGGGCGGCCGCGGCGCUCCGGUGCUUCCUCAUGAUGCGCUGCACACACCGGUGUCUGGGCCAUCUAUUUGUCUUCUAACAAACCGCAGGCACUGUAUGCUUCGUUGUUUUAUGCCAAACGCUUUCUUCUCUGAGGGCUGCUCGCAAGUCUUCAGGUGUUCUAAAUCUCAGGUUUUUCUUCACGGUGAAAGUGCGCGGAACGCUCGCUCGCGGGACGAUUAACCUCAUCCAGCAGGUCAGCCCGUCCCAGAGCUCAGUUGUAGUUUCAGUGGUGGUGGAGCUGUUCCGGGCAGCAGCUGUACCCUCAAACUACUUCAUACCGCGAGCUGAUUUGGCUCUGGGCUGAGGUCAGGUCCACCCUGGGCCCUUCCCACGCCACCCAAAGGGCUUCCGUUAGGUUUGCGUGUGUAGUUCUGGUGCCCUCGAGUUCCCCGAGUCACCGGCUCGCCGUGAAGCUGAGAAAGCUCGGCCGCUGCUGGCCCUCGUGGCGCGGCGCUGCGGCUCUGCCCGCGGGAGAGAUUCAGAGACCAGCCCGCAGCGCUGCGUGCGGCAGCGCGGGCCUCGGGAGCCCCUGCAGCUCUUUGCGGGGCAGAUCCCGCUGGAAAGAAGCGGGGAGAGGGUGUUUACACGGCUUCCCCCGGUGGUUAUGUCGGAAGUAAUGUUGGUGGGUGGGCCCCCGGGGCGCUUGCCUGCCCUGCUGCCGGGGGCUCGCUGCAGCCCCGCGUCGCCCCUUGCCUCUGAUCAGAUUUGUCGGCCUUGGGGCUGGAGGCCAGGCAGAGAGCUUCCCUUAAUCCCUGCUUGCGAGAAAGCACUUGUGGAAAUAAAUACAGUCGUUCUCGUCGGCGUCGCAGGGAGCGGGUAUUCAAGGCAGGCAGGAGUUGCCAUGGAGAUGCCUUGGUCAGUCGCCGGAGCCGCUCUUUGCGGCACUUGCCAAGCGGGCUGGGGGCGAGAGGCGAGGGCAGAGAAUCUUCUCUGGGGCGGGAGAGUCUGGGGGCUUCCUUCCGCCUUUUUGUUCACCGUGUUACGUUGCCAGCGGUCCGGCAACCCCCGCAUCCUCUUGUAAAUAACAGCUUCCUUUUUCUACUCGCUGCGGCGUGGUGGUGGUCUUUCCCCGGCAAGGGCGAGGGGAUGGAGCCGUCGGCCUGCCAGCAGGAGGACGGGGUGUAAGGUCGGCCGCCGCCAGCGCUCACACCCGGUGCCUCACUGACGCCUUUCCCCCAGCCCGGGGCCUGGGCGCACCCCGGCUGGCGCGGAGCGGCGGGUGAAGCUUCACCGCGUCCUCCGGGGACUGGGGCUGGAAGGGCGAGCUGGCUGCUGGGGCCUGGGGAGCGAGCGGCGGCGCUUGGCCGCGGGAAGCCGCCCUGGGCAGCUCGUUUCUGCGGCGGCGGGGGGAAGGGGAUGCUCGUGGGGGCCCUGCGGCAGCCCCCCAGGUGGGAAAACGGCUGCGGGGCGCGAGGGAGCCGUGAGGCGGCGGCGCGAGUCCAGGGCGUGCUGCAAGCCUGCUCUUCAGCCGGGUGUAUUUUCCAGUUUCCCCCUUCUGGCACCAAGCUCCUGUUUUGUGUUUUUUUUUUUUUUUUUUGUUUUGUUUUGUUUUUUUUUUCCUGUGACUUGAGGCGGCCGCAGCCUUGAGCGGAGGAGUUACGUUUGACACACGCUCCUUUCUGCUCGCCCCUAUCCGAGUGGGACUUGUGGAGAUGUAAAGAAGACGGGGUGGAAUUACUGAAAUCACCUCAGCGUGGAGAGUGGCUGCCCUGGUUAGGCACUUCCACCCCCCCACGCUCGGUGGGGGCUGGCUUUGGGCAGAGCAGCGGAAGGCGGCAGCUGGCUGGCUCGCGUGGCAGCUGGGAUUAUAAGCUGCCGCUUAGGAAGGCAAAGCCACCCUACUGCUGCUGCGAGGCACGGUGGGUUUGUAGUACCGGGGAACAGCAUAGAUUUCUGCUCUCGCAACUUCUGUGGAAGGUUGUGGUGUUGAGACUUGAGAGGCAGGCACCACCCUAGGGACCUCGUAUCAGGGUUCAUUACAAUACUGAAUUUAUAUAACAGUGAGUUGAUACAAUACCUUUCUUAAGUUUUUUUUUUUUUUUAGCAGAUAUAUCUUAAGAAGAAAAUAUCUCUCUGCAGUGAGGGUAUGGCGGAGCUUGGACGGGGCGGUUUUAACGUUUUACCUUCCGUCCUUCUACAUUGUUGCCUUGGUGCGAAUUGGCAAGUGUUAGCUGGCCGACCUGGAAGCAGCUGGGGUGAUAGAGCCCGGGAUGGAAAAUGGCCCUGAUGCCCCGGGGGGGGUGAGGGGGGGAUGCAGGUAAAGCAACUGCCACGGCGAAGCGGAUCUCGUCAGUAGUGCUUCUGGAAGGGCAGCAGCCCCGGCCUUGGCAGCGAGCGGCACCUUUGAUUAGCCUUAACCCCAAAAAAAUGAAUAUUAAAAUCUUAAUUUAAUUUAAAACACUGUCAUUCACAGUCAUGGCAAACACUGAGCGGAGUAAUUAUUAUGCAAAUUAGGCAGAUAGAAAAAUGAUUAAUAAUUGUGCAAAUUAAAAAUUAUUGUAAACA